AAAGAACGUGCCACCCUCUCAUCAAAUGGGAGCUGAGCCCAGCGGAUGUGACGUCGGCGCUGACACACAAAGCUUUACCAAAUCAGGAUCCCUCACCACCAGCCUCCCCCUUUGAGUGCCGCACUGCUGUAUCAAAGUAGAGUGAGUUCAUUACACACACAGUCUUGGACUGUGCCACCACCUUUGCAGGAGCACAGAGUGUCUGUUUGCUGAGGGGAGAGCAGAGUGUGCCUGUCAACUGCAGAGCACGAGAACACUCCAGGCAUUCCCAUCUUCCCUUCCAGCCCUGUUUGAUCAUGGGGAAAGCGAAGGUUCACAUCAACAUUGUGGUCAUCGGCCAUGUUGAUUCUGGGAAGUCCACCACCACUGGCCAUCUCAUUUAUAAGUGUGGAGGAAUUGACAAAAGAACCAUUGAGAAAUUUGAAAAAGAAGCUGCAGAGAUGGGAAAGGGUUCCUUUAAGUACGCCUGGGUUCUGGACAAGCUGAAGGCCGAAAGGGAGAGAGGAAUCACCAUUGACAUAUCCCUCUGGAAGUUUGAGACCAGCAAAUACUACAUAACCAUAAUCGAUGCUCCAGGACACAGAGACUUCAUAAAGAACAUGAUCACUGGAACGUCUCAGGCUGAUUGUGCCGUUCUAAUUGUGGCGGCUGGGGUGGGUGAGUUUGAGGCGGGCAUCUCCAAAAAUGGGCAAACGAGGGAACACGCCCUGUUGGCCUACACACUGGGUGUCAAGCAGCUGAUUGUAGCCGUCAACAAGAUGGACUCCACAGAGCCUCCAUACAGUGAUAAACGCUAUGAUGAGAUUGUUAAAGAAGUGAGCGCCUACAUUAAGAAGAUUGGCUAUAGCCCUGCCUCCGUUCCUUUCGUCCCUAUUUCAGGCUGGCAUGGUGACAACAUGCUGGAACCAUCCUCUAAUAUGCCGUGGUUUAAAGGCUGGAAGCUGGACAGGAAGGAGCAGCACGCCAGUGGAGUUACUCUACUAGAAGCUCUAGAUACCAUAAUGCCUCCAACACGUCCCACUGACAAACCCUUACGUCUACCUCUUCAAGACGUGUACAAGAUUGGAGGUAUAGGCACAGUACCGGUGGGCAGGGUGGAGACUGGUAUCCUGCGGCCCAGCAUGGUGGUGACCUUUGCCCCAGUCAACAUCACUACAGAGGUGAAGUCUGUGGAGAUGCACCACGAGUCUUUGAGUGAAGCAAUGCCAGGUGACAAUGUGGGCUUUAAUGUAAAGAAUGUGUCAGUGAAGGACAUAAGAAGAGGUAACGUGUGUGGGGACAGCAAGUCAGACCCGCCCCAAGAAGCAUCAGGUUUUACUGCACAGGUGAUUAUUUUGAAUCACCCUGGGCAGAUCAGUGCAGGUUACUCUCCUGUGAUAGACUGUCAUACAGCUCAUAUUGCCUGCAAGUUUGCUGAGCUAAAGGAGAAGAUUGACCGUCGCUCAGGCAAGAAGCUGGAGGACAACCCCAAAAGCCUGAAAUCUGGAGAUGCCGCCAUUGUGGACAUGAUCCCAGGGAAACCAAUGUGUGUGGAGAGCUUCUCUCAGUACCCUCCACUGGGACGUUUUGCUGUCAGAGAUAUGAGACAAACAGUUGCAGUCGGUGUCAUCAAAAACGUGGACAAGAAGAUCGGUGGCAGCGGGAAAGUCACCAAAUCGGCCCAGAAAGCUCAAAAAGCUGGCAAAUGAAGUUACCUUUUCACCUCAGGCCCGUCCAGCUCACUUAGCCAAUCAAAUGCCCCCACUUUCAUCUGGGCAUGCUCAGUCUGCUCCCCCAUGUGCUUGAAAUAUAUUACUCACUGGAUGCAACUGCUGGACUUUGAUGGACUCAAGGUAAUAAUGAAGUACUGAUAUUAAUUAUCAUAUUUUGAUUGGUUGCACUGUAUAUUCCUUCAUGAUAUCAGACUGAUACACAUGUUGUGUCUUGAAAUAUGCACGGCAUCUAUUAAAAGAAUGUAACUGGUAUUGUUCAUUAGUGUGUGUGUGUGUGUGUGGAUGUGGUGUACAUUUGAAAAGGGAAGAAAUUAAAGUGUGUUUGUGUGAAUGAAUGCCACACUUUGACCAAGAUAAUGAUAAUGAUUGAGAUAUACAAAGUAAAUAAACAGCUGCUAGAAGUUUUGUAUUGUUUAUAAAUGAGCUUUGAUUAGGGGCUAAUCAAUCCAAAGUACCACUUGUCUCCUCUGCCUGUCAGGUUUUUAUCAUAAGGCCUGAAUUCUGACCCUAAUAGCUGUAACAACUGAUAAAUAAAUAAAA